AUGGAUGAUGAUUUAUCAGAAGAUGUCGGUGAGCAGGCCACUUCAAAAACAGAGCCACAAUGGUUUCCAUUUAAGUCAAAAGCAGAGUUGUUGAUGUAUGUGUUAAUGAACUCCACAACUCACCCAGUUAGUGAUGAAAUAGUGAAGUUUAUCAUUUUUAUGAUGGGAGAACUGAAUGUGACAGAUGUCCCAACUCUGCAGAGUUUGAAAAAUAAAAAGAUUGGAGACUUCAGCUGGAAAGAUUUUGUUACAAAAUCUACAAGUAAAGAUGGCAUCCCUGUUUGGUCAAUGAAACCAUCACAGAUCUUAAAGCUCAAUAUGGCACAUCCUAAGAUAUCAAAGUCACUCAAAAGAAAUGCCGACAUAAGUGAUAUUAUUACGCAUCCUGCCAAUGGAAAAAAAUGGAUUGAAGAUUUGAAUUUCAACUCCAAAACCCCAGAUGGACAAUCUCUAAUAACAAUCCCAUUCAAUAUGUUUCUUGAUGAUACAUCCACUCAUAAAAGUAGACGCUGGAUGCCACUACAUUGCAUUCAGAUGCAACUCUCAGGGAUUCCUAUAGAUAUGAGGCAGAAACAAGAAACAAUUCAGUUCUUGGGAGCAACAGAAAAAGCUGACAUUAUGGAUGUUGCAAAGAUAAUUAUAGACGAUAUCAAAAGCAAUAGAAAUGGAAUUGAGACGUUUGAUGCAGCCAAUAAGAAGAAAUGUUUUGUGAAAGGGAUAGUUGAUUGUGUUGUUGCUGAUUUUAACAUGAUGUCAUUCUGUUGUAAUCAUCUGGGAGCAACAGCUCAGAAGUAUUGUCCAAAAUGUUAUGCAGAUGCAGAUCACUUUAUGUCGCUUUGCAAGAAAAGGACACCUGCAGAUACUAAGCUACAGUUAAGCAGACUUGAUUUAAGAUCUCUUGAAAAGGAUAAAAAGAAAUUUAGGAAAAAAAAAGGUGUGAAAGAGCAUGACAAUGUUAUGUGGGAUGUAUUGGAUCCACACAGAGAUAUUCCAGUUGGCCUUCUCCACUUAUUACCAUUAGGAUUAAUUAAACAUUUAAUCCAAUACAUAUUCAACAACAUUGGAGAAAAUGUUAAGACAAAGCUUAUGCAGCAUUUGCUGUCCAUUAAACCUGGAGCUCAGUUUCAUGAUUUUGAUAAACACUUAGGCAGUAGACAAGGGAAGGAUUUUAAAGAAUAUUUGCAAAUAGCACCAAUUAAUAUGUUGUAUGCUGGUGUUCCAAGAAGAUAUAUUAAGAUGGCGACUAGUUUGGCUCUGAUCCAGAAGAAGUUAAAUGAAACAUCUUUUCGUUCAGAAGAUUUGGACCAAAUAAGAGAGGAUAUUAGAGAGUAUCAGCAACUAAUAUACCAAUAUGCCCCAGAAUUAACCAGAAAAGUAAAAGCACAUCUUUUGCUACACUUGGUCGAUGAUAUUGAAAGACAUGGCCCUCCUAGUGGUUUUCUUGAGGAUGGUUUUGAAAAAAAACAUGGAAAUAUAAGAAACCUUAUCUUUCAACAGAACCAAAAGGCCAGGAGCAGAGACACUGCCUUCAAAUUUGCACAAAACUUUUUGUGUUUCCAUGUGCUUACAGGAGGAUACUUUGAAAGAAGUAGAAUAUGGACACAAGCAUCUUCCAAAGUACUAAAAUGUGGUGAAAAGGGGUCAAUUUUGAAAUUUCUUGGUAUAGCACCAGAAAAAAGCAAAAUACCAGGAAGAGUUUCUCUCUUAAAAAGAGAUGGAAAUGGACAUCCCAUUGUUGAGCGUGAAACGCAAGAUGCGUUGUUACGCAUUACACUUCAAAUGGAAUCAAUAGUUGAAAAUGAUAAUUACACCAUUGAAAGAGGUACGGGUGUAUGUGCUCAGAAUGGUGAUCUAAUACAUGCUGGUGACUGGGUGAAAUACAGAAAUAUAAAUAGUAAUAUCUGCUAUGGAAAUUUCAAAGAAGCUCUGAAGAUCUGUCCUAAAAGAGGAUCUGUGAAAUUAAUAGCUGUGGUAUUGAAAUGUACCAUUACUGGUGAUAAGGUUCUUCAGUGUCCGGUUUUGAAUCUUUCAAAUCUUAAAGAAUAUGUGCCUACCCUCCAAAUAUUAUCCAAGAGUCCAGUUAUUCACAAUUGCCAGGAAGCUAGAUGCAAAGUUAUCGAGGGGUUAAACACAGAAAAAAUUGAACAAGAAAACAUUGUCAGAAGAUCAGUCACUUUUAAGCAUAAACUUCAGUGUCAAAUCUAUUUGUUGAAUGUUUUUAAAUUGUAA